GCCGCUCACCUGCGGGGGCGGUCCCUCCGCCCGGGCCCGGCCCUGCCCGAACAUGCGCCGAGGCCCCGCCGCCGCUUCACACCAUGCGAGGUGACUGCGGCGGCCGCCCGCGCCGGGGAGCAGCAGCACCGCCGCCGGCCCUUGGCUCCGGCCUCCCUGCCAGCAGCUUCUGGAGGAGCCGGCGACGCCCUUCGCGACGCCUUCAUGGAGUCCCGCCCGAGCGGCAGCGGCGGUGCCCGGUCACCUACAUCAGACCUCAACACGGCAUUGCAUGAGUGUAUGGCAGCUCUGGAUUUAUUUCUUAACAACAAGUUCUCGGAUGCUUUGGCGUCUUUACAAGCAAAAACUAAAGAUAGUAUGUAUCAUGCACUGACUUAUGCCACUAUAUUGGAAAUGCAAGCUAUGAUGACGUUUGAUCCUCAGGACAUACUGAAUGCAGGAAACACAAUGAAGGAGGCUCAAGCCACCUGUCAAAAAUUUAGAAAAAAAUCUUCAGUAGCAGAUUCUAUCAACAACCUUGUGCAUAGACAAAGCCUUGAACACUUUACUGAAGAGGAAAUCCAUGCAGAAAUUUGUUAUGCUGAAUGUUUACUUCAGAGAGCAGCACUUACAUUCCUCCAGGAUGAGAAUAUGGUUAGCUUCAUAAAAGGAGGCAUCAAAGUCCGAAACAGUUACCAAACAUACAGGGAGCUGGACAGUCUCAUACAGUCUCCACAUUAUGUCAAAGGGGAGAACCAUCUUCAUUUUGAGGGAGGUGUAAAACUUGGAGUUGGAGCAUUUAAUCUGACUUUGUCCAUGUUUCCUGCACGGAUUCUGAGAUUACUGGAGUUUGUUGGAUUUUCUGGAAACAAGGAGCACGGUCUGCUGCAGCUUCAAGAAGGAGCGUCAUCAUACAGCUUUAGGUCGGUGCUGUGUACCAUGCUGUUGCUUUGCUAUCAUACUUUCAUGACCUUUGUGUUAGGGACAGGAAAAGGAAAUGUUGAGGAGGCAGAAAGACUACUUAAGCCUUACUUGGCUCGCUACCCAAAGGGAGCCAUAUUCCUGUUUUUUGCAGGCAGGAUAGAAACACUGAAGGGUAAUAUUGAUGCGGCAGUUAAUAGGUAUGAAGAAUGCUGCGAGGCUCAGCAAUACUGGAAGCAGUUUCAUCACAUGUGUUACUGGGAGCUCAUGUGGUGCUUCACCUACAAGCGCCAGUGGAAGAUGGCUUUCUUCUACGCAGACCUGCUAAGCAAAGAAAACACUUGGUCAAAGGCUACUUAUAUUUACAUGAAAGCUGCUUAUCUCAGUAUGUUUGGACCAGAUGACUGCAGUCCUUUUGGAGACAGAGAAGCUGAAUUAUUUAGGAUUGUUCCCAGUUUGAAACUGAAAAUUGCAGGGAAAUCACUGCCUACAGAAAAGUUUGCAAUUCGGAAAGCUCGACGAUAUCUUUCUCCAAACCCCAUUCCUUUGCCUGUUCCACCUUUGGAAAUGAUGUAUAUCUGGAAUGGCUAUGCUGUAAUUGGAAAAUGUCCCAACUUAACAGAAGGCAUGUUAGAGACUUUAAUUGAAGCAGAAGCAGCAUUGGCAAGAAGUUCAGCUACAGAAUUACUAGCAGAUGACCAAUGCGUGAUAAAACUGUUAAAAGGUUUAUGCCUCAAGCAUCUGGGCAAGAUCUCAGAAGCAGAAGACCAUUUCAAUUACAUCUAUUUAAAUGAGAAGAAGAUAAAAUAUGACCAUUACCUAAUUCCAAAUGCCUUGCUGGAGCUGGCAAUACUGUAUCUAGACCAGGACAGAAGAGAAGAAGCAAUAAAACUACUGGAAAGAGCAAAACAAAACUACAAGAAUUACUCCAUGGAAACAAGAACACAUUUCAGAAUUCAAGCUGCCCUGCACCAAGCCAAAUCCGCCCCAGAAAAUGGAAUGCACUCCGGAGCCUCGGCAGUGUCGUAACUUUUUCUUCUUUGAUGUCCCGUUUGUUGCAAACUUUGGUGCAGAAAAUUACUGACACUUUAGAAUUCUUUUUCCUUCUCUUUCAAGUCAGUGAGAAACCAAAUAAUUUAAAAUUUUAAAGGUGACGCAUAAAACAUUAAUCUAGUUGUAAUAACAUGGCAAAAAACUUCUCAAACCAACCAUAACCCUGAAAAAUAUUGUUUUUCCAACAGUGGCUUUUUGAAUACUUACAUCUGUGUAAUUCAUUUUUCAAUCAUGUGUGCCUUUUUUUCUUGCAUUUGCAACAUUUACUAAGCAAGCUACAACAUAAGGGGGAACAACUAAAAAAAACCAAACAACAAAACUUUAAAUGUUCAUGGAUUUAAUGUCAGUUAGCUAUAAAUGUUUGUUUGAAUUCAUACUUGCUAGCAUUUGAGAAGGAAGCAUCCCCUUUUCCAAGUACCUACUUAGCUGAAAUGGUGUGAGAAAAUCUCAGUGCCCAAGAAACACGGCAGGGAGGAGCUCUGAAUCCUGGGCGUUUCCAGUUGAGCGUAGAAAGCUUUUCUUUACCAGCUUCUACUAAUCACAUUUUUGCUUCGCUAAGAAACAUGCUGGUGAAAAAAAUGGUCUCCCUUAUGCAAGUAUCUUGACUUUUUCUUUAAUUGGGUUUUCAUGUCAAGUCUGCAGCUCGUAGCAGCUCAAUGAUUUACCAAGGAUCUGGUGAGGGCAGGGUGAUGACAGUAUAAAACUGCAUCGCUGAUUCUUUCACAAGUUUAAAAAUGGGAGGCCCUUAGGAAACUUUUUUUUUUUUUCAUCAGAACAAACAUGAUUGGAAGUUUCUAUCAUACUUAAAGCACAAGUCCUUGAAGGUUGCUUAAGAAACAGGAGUAUUGCUCUGGCUGCACAGCCAUACAGAGUUACUGUGACAGUCAGUGCCUUCUUCAAACGAUGGUUAGGUUUGCCCAACUUGAGAUGUCCGUGUUUAAAGAGCUCGUGUGGCCGUGUUUCCUGUGUGAAGAAGCUGGGGCUGGAGCAGGCGCUCUUGGCACAGUGCUCUGCUUUUCACAAAGGAGAGCCCUGUAUCUUUUUGCUCUUCGUUGAUCUUUUGGGGGAAAUUCUGUGUAAGGGGCUUUAAGAGUAGAGCAAAGAGCAAGCUCUGCUUUCCAGUGCCGUCUGACGUAGAAUCGCUGCUUUUCUGCAAGACUGGUGAAGUCAGAUGUAACACAUAUUUGACUCGCGUUUACUGUUCUCCAGGCUGGCUCCGUGUUUGUAUGCCUGUGGUUUUUUGGGGCACACUUCUACCUCCCUUUUGAAAGAGCUUCUUCCCCAUGACCCGUUCUGACGCGUGGAGAUGGGAGGUCUUCUGACAGCCCUUUUUCUCCAAUGGAGAUGUUUGUAAGGAAGAUCCAUAUCUAUGUACCUCACAGUGAAUACUCUUUCUGAAGUGAUUGUUCCCAGCAGAAGAGAAAAUUGACAAUUUAUAGUUCUACUUUUACCUCCUUUAAGUAAAUGACAUUGUUUUAUAAUUGCAAAUUAAUAUGCAAGGAGACAGAACCACCUGUUCCUCAGCACAGAGAACUUGCAUUGUCUUAAAAAUAGACAUCCUUUAUAAAAGUCUUCCCAAGUUAAAAUCACAGAUGAAGAACGCAUUUUUUUAAAGUGACUUUCUCAGAUAAAUUUGGUUCAGAUAAAAUUCUCAAUUCAGAUAAAAUUCAGUAUAAACAGUUACGCUAUUUACAUAUUGCACAUCAAAACUUAAGUGUAAAAAUUCAGUCAUUCUUUGUAUAGAAUAAAAAAGAUUCUUGUUCUAUUUCAUGCGUAUAACGCCUCUUCUUCCGAUUGUGGUUUUUUUUUUUUUUUUUCAAAUAUUUUGGCAGUCUUAGCAUCUUUUAAGCAAGUAAUGCCAUGAAGAUUAGCAUAAAUUGUACUUAGCAGAAAAUGAACAAUCCUUCCGACUGUAGACGCAUCUCUCGGCCACUGAAACACUCUUUAAAAUUUCACCCACAGCUGAGUUGUGCCUGAUCUUAGAUACAUUGCACAAAGGACAUACUGUGCAAUAUGCAGUCAGCUUCCCUGAUUCUUUGCAGUGAUGAAAAUCCUGAGAUUUUCGCAGUCGUCUUUGGUCAAGCGCAAACAGCAGUUGUAUCACGGACCUGAUCUCCAGCUUCAGCUGAGGAAUUUGCAGUUAGCCAGGAUGAAGUAGCCUGUGCUUUCACUCUGACUUUUUAGCUCCUUAGUAUUUAGGAAAUGCUCACCUUCCUGACGCGAGAACAAAGACUUACAGACCGUAAUAUUCUGAACUUACUGAAGGAAAAUAACACCUUGCUUGCUAAAGGAUGCAUGGCAGGUCUGGUAUGUUGUCACCGUAUUAUGUUCUUAAUGCGUUACAUUUUGAAUUGCCCGCCAUUACUCUUUGUUCAUCAACGUACUUCAUUUUGAUUCUCUUCUGUGACCAGGGAUAAAACACUCAGCGGUGUCACUCUGGCCUGAAAGGUCUGUGCUGGGAUUGUUUUUCCACUGCUGCUUCCGAAGCUGCUGCAUUCUGCCUGCAGCAGCUCUCCAGAACGGCAAAUUGCUUCAUCGGUCUGGAGUCCCAAGUACGAUGAAUUAGGGAAGGCACAAUUGGUGCGAGUUCUCAAACGGCUUCAGCGUUCAGUAUAUUCACCUACCAGAAAACAGCAGAUAUUCUAAUCUGCUAUUUGUAUGGGAUCACAAAUCAAGGAUUUUCAGCAUGGCCUAAGAUUCGGGAAACGUAAGUAUGACUUCAGAUGGAUAUAGUCAACACCUCGUUUGCAGAAGGAGCAGUUCCUUCUGCUUUCAAACAUUGCACACUCUGACUAGUGGUAGAGAAGCCCACUCUGUGUGCUGGCCUUUAGCCAACAGCUGCUGGUAUCGACUCUUCUCAGUCCUCAGCAAAGCCAGAGAAGUUAACCAAAGGCAAAAUACUAACUCAUCUAGCAGAAAAUAGUUUUCUGCACUUGGGUAGGACCUUUAUCAUAAAACUUACAAACUAUUUCUUUUUCUGUGUAUUUUUUUUAGUAGCACUGAUAAGCGGUUUCCUGCCAGUAGCUGAGGAGGGGUAGAAAUUCAUACUCUGUUUCCUGAAUGUCAGCAGCAAUUGCCGUGGUGCCCUGUGUGAUAUCACUGUGCCUUCUGAAAGUGGGGGUGGUCAGGAAAGGAAAAGCAGUAAAAUGAGCAUCACUUUUAUCGUUAGAUGUGCUACGUGGAGUCCGUGGAUGUAUGGUCUCCCAUUAAACUGAAGGGAGGAUACGGGCUGAAAAGCCAGCAGCUUAUUCUAAGGUCUAAUGAGGUGUAAUUAUCUCAGCACCUGGCUCCUAUAAAUAACACCAGAUGAGAGAACCUGUUGGAGGAAGAACAGUGGGCUGAAGCUGAACCUGGUCAUGGGUUUUCUUGAUGAUCGGCAGAGAUUUUGAUGAAGUCACAAACAUGAUACAGCCACUGCUGUUUGGAAACACCCGCUUACAAUUGCUCAACUAAACCAGUGGCAUAGGAACGUGCUUUGACUGAUGGGCAGUUCUGCUGCCAUCUACAAUUAACGUGUUCUGUCGUGGAUGGUUAGUUUAAAGACUGUCCCAUUCGGACAGUGCCUCGCCUCGGGUUGUUUACGCUGCAGUGAUACAGCAUCCAAAACUUUCCUUAGGAAGCUUUGCCUUUUGUAAAAUAUAGCAGCCUAUAACAGGAUCAUAUCGAACAUUUCCUCCUAUUUCACAUCGUUUUGGGCAUUAAAUUCUACAUUAAGUUGAGUGCCUUAGUAUUUUCUGUUGAUGUGUGGCCUGGGUCCGAGAUGGCGAAAGGGUCCCGGGAUGAUAGCUUUGGCAGCUUGUGUGCCUCUGGCCCAAUAGAAGCAUCAAGUAACGUUCCUGCGUGUGGAACAAGGCUUUCCUAGAGGUCAGUCCCAGAACGCAAAAGGCACUCCCAAGGGUUUAAAUACAACACUCUCCGCCUCCGGUUCCACCUGCGAGAUCUAUUUCUUUGCCUUCUCGAGCAUAAAAACACAGCAGCAAAGCCAACGUAUAGGCAGUGACCAAAACAAUGCGCUCCACACAGUUCCCCCUCUGGGAGGAAGAGGAGAAGAUAAAGAGGUGAGUCAUGUUGUUUACUGCUGUACAGGAAAAUGGUUAAUGGUUGGAAACGUCACUGAUGAGCGAGAUCAGAAAACCUGAACGGACUAGAAGUGAACUUGCUCCUUUUCUCAUUAUGUUCCACAGAUACCUUUUUGUGAUAGAUUAUAAGCAAAGCGUGUAUCGGCAAGCAUUUUAAUUGAAUGAUUUGUCAUCAUAAAGUAUUUUUAAAGAUGCUAUCUAUGUUUGCUUCAGGUGUUUUAAGAAAAACAAAAGAUGAAUACAAAUACUUUCUUUUAAAAACAUGCCCAGUCAAUCCCUGUCUCCAAAACUUACGAACUGCAACAGAACUAAUAAAUAUCUGCAUUGCACUGUGGUAAAAUUCUACACAGUAUUUGCUCUAAAUUCAACCAUGUUUUUGUAGGACUAGGCUGUGUUCCAUUAUUUUCUGGGUAGCUUAAAUCUCUGGACCUACUUACUUCAUUUCUGGCUAACCAUAGGCAAAAUGUUUAUUUAGAAUUCUGUGUCGUGUUCAGUUCUACUUGGCUUUGUCUCUCCUUGACUAUUUUACAGAAAGAAUAUAAAACAGCAGUCACAACCCCCGCUGCAUGUGCUCUUUAUGAGCUGCUUCAAUUCAAAAAGGAAAAAAAAAUUACGUUUAUCUUGUCUUAGUCAAGUACUGUAACAACAGUUUCGGGUCUGUGGCUGAAAAGCAACGUGGUGAGGAAGAGAAGAGAAGUAGAAGCUGCAAUAUUCUGGGCAGUUCUCAUCUCUCUGGUCCUUUUAUCCUGCAGCACACGAGGUUUGGAGGUAAGGAGCAGCUUUCUCAGUGCCGGAGACGAAUAGGAUGUUUGUCUGCGGUGCCGGAGCCCCAGGGGCCAUGCUGGGUGCCGACAGUGUCAUAGGUGCCGUUCUUGGAUGAGCGGCUGUUUUGUCUGUGAUAUGUGGUGCUUUCCCUGACGGUUUGGUAAAGGCCGUGGUGUGAGAUGCCCUAAGGUUGGCUCCGCUGACACUGAAGACACAAAAUAGUAACGUGAUCUCCAACAGUUAGCAGAGCUCAGUAAAUCAUUCGAGGGAGGUCAAGCAAUGUUGUUUAGCUCCAGAAGAUACAAUAGAUGGAUCGUGUUCAAUGUCAUCUUCAUUUGGGUACAGUACCCAGCACUGCUGUCAUCGCUACCAAGGUUACACAGCCCCUGUUGGGCAGCUGCGCAGUGUUUUUUUAGAAGCGACCAGCGGGGCCCGUUGCAGUUUUGGUAUUUGCUUUGGCCUUCACUCUUGUGGCUCAUGGAUACCUGGGUCCGGGGUCAGGUUCCUGUUCCGUGAUACUGGGCUCAUCCCUCAGGCAAAUAAUUCUUGGUAUUCCUAAAGAACCGCAGGAAGCUCACGUGUACUGCCUUUGCUGUAUGUCCACUCAAAGCAGAUGAUCUGUGACGCACGCAUUUAUAUAAAGUAUACAUAUACACAAAAAGUACGCAUACGUAUACUCACACGCAGCAGUAGCAGGCUCUGUAGCCAAAGCUUUUUGAGAAGUUACCAGAACCCUUUGAACUAUUAAAUUCAGCACUUAAAAAAAAAAAAAAGUGAGAUACAUAAAGCAAAAGCUUUAACACCUUUUCAGAUGAUCGCUGAGGAAAAUGCAGGGAGGUAAAGGCCUUUAGUAAUGGUUUGCUGUGGGACCAUAAAUGAAGCGGAACGUGCAGUACAUGGCCUUCCACAAGGAGAAAUCCCCAACAAAUGGGCAAUCUGGCAAGAGCCCUUCAGUGAGUAACCUCACCAAAAAGCAGUUUUGUGCUGGAGAGCUCAAAGGCAUCACACAGGCUUUGCCCCGGCAGAGCUGAGCCCGGUGUCGGGGGGGGCAGCGCCCGGGAUCGGCUCCCUCCUGCGCGGAGAACAGUCCGGGAACGAUUCCCCUUGAAUUUCUGCCUUGUCUCUCCCCCUCAGCCUGCUUACCCAGCGGGAACGCUUGAUUCGACAGGCAGCGGCCACUGAUGUGCCAGAAGGAUAGGGAAAAGGAUGCUGAAAAGGUGGAUGUUUGCCUUUCUGCGGGGAGAACCCUGGCACGAGUGCCUCUGGCGAGGGCGAGCAGGGCCUGGUGCGGCCAGCAGACGUGGCGGUGUACGUAACGCGUGCAGGGGAUUGAACCUUUACCGUUGUGCGCAGAGUUGUUGUUGGAAUGCCUUCUUUAAACUAAAGACCAAUAUUUUCUAGUGCUGCAAAGGAUAGGCUUAUGAAGUUACUGCUACUUGGGUUUCCAGCUGAGAGGGGAGCGGAGAUUUGGGAGCGUUCUGGUUGUCUGUAGCAUGGCUGGGCCCCUCUUGCUGAGUAAGAACAUACCUUUGGGCUGCUACAAACACGUACAGGCAGUUUCACAGCUAUUCUUGUCAUUAUAGAUUCCCCUUUGCAGCUUUUACUGAGCUAGGUGUCAGGGCAGAGCGGAUAUUGUAAGAAAUCAGGUGCCAGCCUGCAAAUAUAGUUAUUUUUUCUGCUUAAAUCAAAAAGAUGCUUUUGCAGAGUAUGUUUAGACUGGUCUUUUUAUCAAAAGGCAUUAACUUCGCAUUUCAGACCCAGAAUUCCAAAGCCCCUAACUCUUAUCCCAGAACAGGCUGAAAUGCAAGACAAUCUGCAAAGGAUGCUUAGCAUAAAUUAUAUUCUUCAAAGUUAAACGCUAUAUAAAAGGAAAAGUUAAUCCUUGAAGCUAAUUUUUUAUUCUGGCUAUUAAGUCAAGAAGGGUUCUUCUGAACAGAUUUUAUUCGUGUGUUUUUAUAGGUUAUCAACUAGCACGUAUGUUUUUAAUAAAAACGUGGUGUCUGUAAUAAACGCUGUCUGUAAUCAGCUCGCAUCCGCUUGGGUUCUAAGGCCGUAUUAAUCCAGGAUUUAACUGACGAGAGGCCUUGUAUGUUUGGUUUCAGCCAUCUCGGUAUUUACUUAACUGAUGGGCUGGCUCAGAAGAAUUUUCAUCUUUAUUACGAUUGCACAAGGACAGGAAAUGUCGAAGGCCCAGAACUGUGGCGACUUAACGUUGCAGACAUUUUACUAUGGGCCUGUGCCCCCUGCAACAUCCAGCCCUGGCCUAGGAAGGGCUUGGUUGAACAGGUCCAGGUAAGAGCCAGCCCCUUCCCCUCAGGGAGCCGCAGCAGCCCCUGGUUAGGAAACAGCCGUGCUGUAAACGCACCACCAUCUGCUAGGGGCGAAGCGUAAGUCAUUUAUUAGACACCUCUGAGCCAGGAGGUAAAUAUUAUCUUCAUCUUACAGAUGGCGGAAUUAAGACAUAGAUCUGGUUUCCAAACUGUAGCUAAAAUUCAGGUUACACAUUAUUUUGUGUUAAACUCAGAUCAAUUACUUUUUUGAAUUAGAAAUCAUCCAGAACAGCAUUGCACCUAAAAAUGUGAAAAAUCAUUUGAUUUAUUUGUUACAUUUACACACUUGUCUUUAAGCU